AUGGCCUUAGCAGUUGACAUUGCCGGCGCGGUGCCCGUCAAAAAGCCUCGUUGGCAACACCCCGCGCACGAUGACUACUACAUCAACCUCGGGCCUCGCCCUUACUACCUUGUCCAGAAUAUGACCGACGGCCCGCUCAAGCAGAAGCUCGAGUCAUGCUACAAUGGUCCCUUUGAAGUCACCAGCUGGAGCAUCGGCCAUCGAGGCGGUGGUACGCUGCAGUUCCCCGAAGAGUCGGUCGAGUCCACCAUGGCUGGCGCACGGAUGGGCGCUGGAAUCCUCGAGUGCGACGUGUCUUUCACAGCAGAUCUGGAACUGGUCUGCAGACACUCCCUAUGCGACCUCCACACGACGACCGAUAUCUUGCUCAGACCGGAGCUCGCCGCUAAGUGCACGGUGCCUUUCACACCUGCCAACGAAACAGCGGACGCCAAUGCCCUGUGUUGCACCAGCGACAUCACAUUGGCCGAGUACAAGACCCUCUGUAGCAAGAUGGACGGCUUCAAUGCCUCGGCCACUACGCCAGAGGACUAUCAGCACGGCACACCUUCCUUCAGGACUGAUUUGUAUAAUACCUGCGCGCAGGUCAUGACGCUCGAGAGCUACAUCGACCUGGUGGACUCUCUGCCAGGAUUCCGCAACUUCACGCCCGAGCUGAAGACUCCUCCAUCGCAGGUUCCCAUGCCGUUCCAAGGCUACACCCAGGCACAGUACGCAAGAGACAUGAUCGACACGUUCAUCAAGAAGGGCAUUUCGCACGAGCGAGUCUGGCCGCAGUCGUUCAAUCCAGCGGACAUCUACCUCUGGCUGAACGAGUAUCCAGAAUGGGGCGCGCAGGCCGUGUUUCUGGACGAAGACGGCGACGUGGCGUCGAACUUCACGACCGCGGUGAACCGACUGCCUGCCCUCAAGGCCAGCGGCGUCAACAUCAUCUCGCCGCCGUACAACUACCUGCUCGCAAUCGGGGGUCCUAACAACGACACGAUCGUGCCGUCCAUCUACGCCACCACGGCCAUGGAAGCCGGGCUCGACAUUAUCGCGUGGUCGUUCGAGCGCUCCGGCCCGCUCGACAACGUCCGCGCCGACGAUGACUACUACUGGUCGUCCAUCGCGCCCAUAAUCUCGUACGAUGGGCAGGCGUACGAGGCCCUCGACGUCCUGGCCCGCCAGAUCGGCAUCAAGGCAAUCUUCUCCGACUGGUCCGCCACCGUGACUUACUAUGCCAAUUGCAUGGGCCUGAAGGGCCCGGGACAUCAUUGA